AUGAUUAAUUUCGACGAGUUUCCUCCAAAAUAUGAUCCGAGCUUGAGACCUCCAGCAUUGACCACGGGGUUAAUUGUAUUCACCUUUAUGUUGUGUGUUAUCAAAUCAGUGACAUCGUACACCUUUGAAUCUUUGAUUUUGUAUCCUCGGGCCCCGUUAGACUUGAAUUUAAAUAGCAUCUCGCUUUAUUCAUUAUUUCAUGUCAAUUUCUUCCAUUGGAUCUGUAAUAUUUUUACAUUGGCUACCCCCUUGGCCGUAUUUGAAACAAGAAACGGUACUAUUCACACUGGGGUAACUUUGAAUUUAUUAACAGUGAUUGCUGCCUUGCAAUAUUGUAUUGUGGGAUUGAUUUUUUAUCCUAAUACCGGGGUUAUUGGCUUAUCAGGUAUUGCCUUUCUGUUGAUGAGUUAUAUGGCGUACCAUGAAUCCAAAUUCAGACCAAUAAUGCAUACCUUUCAUCUAAGCAACAGUUUGGAAAUCAAACUCUACACUUUAUACGUACCAUUCGUUGUGGCAAUUGUAUUUAUGAUUUUGUUUCCUUCCAGUUCAUUACCGGGCCACUUAUUUGGAAUCACGACAGGUUAUUUGCUAAGCUAUGGCUACAUUGAUAAAUUAUACCCACCAUCUAAAGUGAUUACCACUAUUGAAAACAAAUUAAGCUCGUUGAUUAACUUUUUAGAAUUGAUCGUCACAUUCUAUAAGGAAGAAGAAAGUUUGGUAACAAGAGGAAGUGUUGGGUAUAAGCCACUUUUUAAUCAGGAUAUUGAACAUGGUGCAGCUAAUGCCGCAUCACAUGGUUCAAGUGCGUUUGUCGGUGAAACUAGAGUAUUAGGAACAAGAGAGUCGACUGUAUAG